CGGCGCCCGGCGGCUGCGGCAUGUCCCGUCGAGGCGCCCGAGAAGGAACUGAGAAUGAGAUUGCCGUGGAAAGCUAAAAUGAGCUCAAUUCAAGACUGGGGCGAAGAGGUGGAAGAGGGAGCUGUUUACCAUGUCACCCUGAAAAGAGUGCAGAUUCAGCAAGCUGCCAACAAAGGAGCGAGGUGGCUCGGGGUUGAAGGGGACCAGUUACCUCCAGGACAUACUGUCAGCCAGUAUGAAACAUGUAAGAUCAGGACAAUAAAAGCUGGAACUUUGGAGAAACUUGUGGAGAACCUUCUGACAGCUUUUGGGGAUAACGAUUUUACCUACAUCAGUAUCUUUCUCUCAACAUACAGGGGCUUUGCUUCUACUAAGGAAGUACUAGAGCUUCUCCUUGACAGGUAUGGAAACCUGGAGACCUCAAGCUGUGAAGAAGUCGGGAGCCAGAAUUCCUCUGAAUCCAAAACAGUACUCAGGAAUGCAAUAGCAUCAAUCUUACGAGCGUGGCUCGAUCAGUGCUCUGAGGACUUCAGAGAGCCUCCCAGCUACCCAUGUUUGCUGAAGUUGCUGGAAUACCUGCAGAGGAGCAUGCCUGGCUCCGACCCAGAGAGAAGGGCACAGAACCUUUUGGAGCAGUUCCAGAAGCAAGAAAUAGAAAACGAUCAUGAGUUCCAUAGCACUUCCCCCUGUAAUCUGUAUGAUGAAGAGGAAAUGGAAAUUAGUGGUCCAGAAGAAUUCUCUUUUUUCCGGGAAGACCUCGUGGCAGAGCAGCUGACGUACAUGGAUGCAAAACUCUUCAAGAAAGUUGUGCCCCACCACUGUUUGGGAUGCAUCUGGUCUCGAAGGGAUAAGAAAGAAAACAAGCACCUGGCACCCACCAUCAGAGCCACCAUCUCUCAGUUCAACGCGGUUACCAAAUGCGUUGUCAGCACUAUCCUGAAGAGCAAAGAACUCAAAACACAGCAGAGGGCCAAGAUCAUUGAGAAGUGGAUUCAUAUUGCACAUGAAUGUAGGAUCCUGAAGAAUUUUUCCUCCUUGAGAGCCAUCGUUUCAGCACUGCAGUCCAACUCCAUCUAUCGGCUAAAGAAGACCUGGGCAGCUGUUCCAAAGGACAGAAUGCUGAUGUUUGAAGAGCUGUCUGAUAUCUUCUCAGAUCAUGACAAUUAUUUGACAAGUAGGGAGCUGCUAAUGAAGGAAGGAACAUCCAAAUUUGCAAAUCUGGACAGCAGUGUGAAAGAAAAUCAGAAGAGAACACAGAGACGUCUUCAGCUUCAAAAAGACAUGGGAGUAAUGCAAGGCACCGUCCCUUACCUUGGUACCUUCCUCACUGAUCUCACCAUGCUGGACACAGCCCUUCAGGAUUACAUCGAGGGUGGCCUGAUAAAUUUUGAGAAGAGGCGAAGGGAAUUUGAAGUAAUCGCCCAGAUUAAGCUCUUGCAAUCUGCAUGUAACAGCUAUUGCAUGACACCAGACCAAAAAUUCAUCCAGUGGUUCAGGAGGCAGCAGCUUCUGAGCGAGGAGGAGAGUUACAGCCUCUCGUGUGAGAUUGAAACAGCUGUUGACACGAGCACCACAUCACCAAAACCUCGGAAAAGCAUGGUGAAGAGGCUCAGCCUACUGUUUCUGGGCUCCGAGGUGAUCACCAACAGCACGCCCACCAAAGAGCAACCCAAAUCGACUCCAAGUGGGAGCUCUGGUGAGAGCAUGGACUCGGUCAGUGUGUCAUCCUGUGAGUCUAACCACUCUGAAUCUGAAGAAGUCUGCGUCACUCCCAUAGACACUCCUGAUGAGCCACAGAAAAAGCUCUCGGAAUCCUCCUCCUCCUGUUCCUCCAUCCAUUCCAUGGACACAUCCUCCUCGGGACUGUCAUCUUUAACCAACAUAAUCUCAUCCCCUCCCUUCUUGUCCUCCAACCCCAAGAUCCACAAGCGUUCCAUCUCUGUGACAUCCAUUACCUCAACAGUGCUGCCCCCUGUUUACAACCAGCAGAACGAGGACACCUGCAUCAUCCGAAUCAGCGUGGAAGACAACAAUGGCAAUAUGUACAAGAGCAUCAUGCUAACCAGCCAAGAUAAAACCCCUGCAGUCAUCCAGCGAGCUAUGUCAAAGCACAACCUGGAAUCUGAUGCAGCCGAGGAGUACGAGCUUGUCCAGGUCAUCUCUGAGGACAAAGAGCUGGUGAUCCCAGACAGCGCCAACGUGUUCUACGCCAUGAACAGCCAGGUGAACUUCGACUUCAUACUGAGGAAAAAAGCUCCCGCUGACGGGCAGGUGAAAAUGAGGAGCAGAUCCAGCCUGACGCUCCCCAGAACUGCCAAACGGGGGUGCUGGAGUAACAGGAACAGCAAAAUCACGCUCUGAGCUGAACUGCUUGAGAACCGAACCUUCGCUACCAUCCAGUAUUACAGAAUCACAGCAGGUGAACGUGUCAGUAUUCAGCGCUGAAAACAUUGGAGACAAAUGCAAAGUGAGCAUUGGGUCAACGUCCAGCCAGAGGUGUGUCUCUUCACCUGCAGCUGGACAGACACGGAUUUACAGGACAGGCCGGACUAGGAUUAUUUUGUUUUGCACAUUAGGAAGGUGAGAAACCCCACCUAGAGGGGAAAAAAGGACUGCAAUGUUUGUACUCAGAACACCACGUAAGCCUACUUACUUCUUGUGUGAGAAAACCUUUUCUUUGUGCCAGUAUUACACACAGUGAGAAUACCUAAAUUUAUUUUUAUAAAACUGGAGAAGGAAAGCCACAGGCCUGUUCUGCCAGAAGGGAGCAGGAGCCUCCCAGCCUGCAGCAGCCCAAGGACAGUGCUGGGUCACAGGAGUGGGCUCACCAAUUGCAUCCAUGGCAAGGCACUGUGGGUACAGCCCCGAAGUCCUCAUCUCUGGAAAAGGAAGAAGCAGCUGCAAGCACGUGCAUUGCCUUCACACUGCUGGCAGCCUUCUUUUUGCACUUGUUGAAAGCCAGAAAAUUACCUAUUUUGGGAUUAUCAUUAUUUUUUCCAAAAAACAUUAAAAGAGAGGACUGUGCUUGCUUUCACAUGCAUGUCAUGAUUUGUUUCAUGAGCAAGGCACUCAACACUACAUGUCUGGACUUCAAUGCCACUGCCUUCUGCUUUUUUUUUGUUUUCUCCUUUUGCUUUGCUAACCCACUCAGCAGAAGUCGAUGCCUCUGCGUGCACUCUGACGUGACUGAUGUACCUCUUUGUAAUGUGCAAUCAAUAUUCAGGAGCUGAACUUUCCCCACAUUAUUACUCCACCUUUUUCAUUCCAUGGGAGGCAACUGCAUUACCUUCUAUCUUAAAAGUGGGUAUCGACAGGAAAUAGCCCCAUUUCUAGCAUUACCCCCAAACAAACAGAUUUUAUAUCCUUGUAGCAUUAUUAUGCAUUAUCUCCAGCCACUGCCCUUGCUCUUUGUAUACACCUAUAAAUGAAUUUCCUGACAUGGUACAUCCUUUCAGCUGGAAUAAAGAAUUUAACCAUCUGUUCUCCACAAACACACGCCUGGAGUGUCUUCCAAAGUCCAGGCUUCCUUGGAAGGAGGGAGGUUUAAUUUUAUAAAGCCAUAGAUGAGACUGGGACUGUAAACAGCCCUUACUGGACAGGCCGCCUUUGGCUUACCUUAGUGUUAGUUACAAUCAACUCAGAAAGUGAAUUUUACACAUGCCUGGGGCCGUUCUUCCACCCAUCCUGCAGCUGCUAUGUCCAAACUGGGCUCAGAGUACAUCAGCAGCCUGUGAUAAAUGCAUGACACAGGCAGCAGUGCAAUGUGCCAUUUGGCACGCUGCCUUCACAAGGAGGCACCACCCAGGGCACAGCCUGUGUAAAAACUAAACCUGGACUUUGGUGAGCGAGGGAGGACUGAGUUUGUAACCAACCCCUCACACGUGCCAAGGGUCAGCACAAGUUUACAGCAGAAGUGGUUUUCUUUGCAUUUCAGUGUAAGAAAGAGUGCACUGAUGUCUGCACAGCAUCAUUUGUAAACUGCAGUGUUGCUAACUCCACCAUUGCACGCCUGUGUUAAGCUGAAAGGAAAACUGUCUCGACCUCAAAAUGACUCCUCCCCAGAACAUUAUAUAUAAAGAUUUUUUUUUUAACUGCUUACCUGUAAUCUUUAUACAAUAAGCAUAUAAAUAUUUUUUUUUCACUGAUAUUUGCCUUAAGUUAAUCUAUGCCCUUCUCUUAGGCUUUAUUACAACUGUGCGUCAGUUCCUUCGCAUCUCAUCCCCCCUUCCAUUAAUGCCCCUCUCUUCAGCAUCACCACAUUAAUUGGCUCAAGUUCCCAGCUCCUUCUGCCUCCCCUGGGAAAGCUCUUGACUGCACCAAUUUGGGCUUGAAUGGAAGAUGCCACUUCAGCCAAACCAAGCACGAGCAGUGCCUGCUCCCACCCAAUGAAGAGCGCACACAGCUGCAUUUCUUGCACCAGGUUCUAUGUAUUAUCAGACCCGCUGACAGGUAAUAACAUGUCGUCUUUAGCAGAAAGCACAACAUGGAUGAGGAAUUAUUAAAAACAAACGAGAAAAUUAAAAAAAACACAACAAACCAACCACACACGGAUCAACUGCACAGAUCAGCUGGCAGCCAGGCUCUGCGCUGCCGUGCAGGAGAGCAGCCCAGAGCUGCAGCCCGUGGCCACCUCCUGCUCCCAAACCUCUUCAAAACAUCACCACCACACUCUGCUGUCACAGAAACCAACAGCAAGGACAUCAGCACGCACCCAAAAAAAAAAAAAAAA